AUGAGCAGAGGGCUCAGGUAUGAUUUGCUGCCGACAGUGACAACAGCGGCAGGAGCGGAAGAGGAAGAAGGAGGAGAAGAAAGCGACCUGAGCUCGUGUAAGGGCAUAGAGAAAGCCUGGCAGUCAGAACGGGCCAAGAUUGUGUCAAUGGUUGUCGUCAUCGUGGUCGUCUUGGUCUCCGUCAGUCUCGGCCUGCGCUUUAUCAUCGCCGAGAGCGCAAGGACGAAUGUCUCGCUGUCGUCGUCACGGCAAGAUUGCGGCUCGACGCGCGGCGAGGCGCUGUCGCAGGGCUGCGCGUUCGACAUUGUGAGUUUCGGCUGGAUGGCCCCAGCAUGUUAUGAUCGCGAGCUGGCCGCGGAGUUCAGCUCUCUCCGGGCCUGGGGGUGGUUUUUGGACGAGAACCGAACGCAGGCCGUUUCUCAGCGCGAGGUCGAGCUUGGCGAGUUCGACGCCCUUUAUGUUUCGAGCGAGCAGCUUGCGUACCACUGCGUGUUCACGUGGCAGAAGAUGCACCGGGCUCUUCUGCGCCAGGCUCCCCUCGACAGCAUUGUCGGCGGGUAUAACCACACAGAGUUUUGCGCACGGGAGCUGGUCGGUGAAGGAGGUCAGCAGCAUUCGGAUCGUCCGGACAAGGCGACCGCUCUCAUGGUGUCCCGGUUUGCGUCCUGUGGCGAGAUUUAA